GGGCGGGCGCUCCGCGGAGCCUUCGCUGCGCUAGAGGAGGCGGUUGCGGCUCUCGCAAGGCGAUCGGCGUCUCUCUCUCUCUCUCCCCGGCCAUGUCCGCCGCCUGUUGUCGCCCCGCUCCGGAGCCCACGCUGGGCAGGGCUAUCCCCGGCCCUAACAAGCUGCUCGACUUGGCCCAGGGAGUCUCCUUGCCUCCGGGCGACUACGGCACCACGCCUGGCGGCACCCUCUUCGGAACCACGCCUGGCGGUACCCGCAUUAUUUAUGACCGCAAAUUCUUAAUGGCAUGCCGAAACUCUCCAGUUGCCAAAACACCACCUUGCAAUCUUCCAGACAUUCCAGGUGUAACAAAUCCAAGUAUGGAUGAACUCCAGACUGAGAUCAACUUCAUGUCUGCUGAAGACGAGAAACCAGGCUUAGGUGAAGAAGCCCAGUUCGACAUAGAUAUCUGAAAUCUCUCCUCUGAGGACAGAGGGGUCGUUUUAUUCCUGAUGAUGAAAUAUCAAUAACGCUUCCGAAAUGAGAGAGGCUUAUAAAAUAGCCCACCGCUAUGCAAAGCUUUUCAGGAGAAAUGGUUCAUCGUAUUAAAAUAAUAAUAAUAAUAAUAAAGCUGGGGAAAAGAGGACAUUUCUUACUACCUAAAGACUGAAAACAUUGGUGGAUUUUUGGGAUGUUUAAGCUUCCGGGGAGGAAGGAUGCUAAAGAGAGAAGGAAGCUUGUUUCUGUGCCUCAAAUCUUAGUGCCUUUGUUCCAUAAAUGUUGAGUUGAGGAUGAUGCAGGGAGACUUAAGUAAUCAUGUUGGAUGUAGACAAUGCAGUAUCAGUGUAAUUUAAUGAUCUGGUGAAAUCCACUCAUCCAUAUCAGCAGAUUUUUUGAUACCACCCCUGAAUGAAAACUUCAUUUUCUUUUUGAUUCUGAAUGUGCUAGAGGAAGCAAAUUCUUCUCUUGCUCUCUUUUAAAAAAAUAAAAAAUAAGAAAAAAAUGUCUUUAAGGUGGGAAAAUGUUGCUGUGGACAAGCAGGCGGCCUUGCAAGUCCUUGUUUUUCUUUCUUUACAGGACUACGUGUAGAUCUGUA